CUCUCAAGCUGAUUGCUGGAAUACGAAGAAUGCUGAGUAUGAGAACAUAGUCCUCAGAGGUAAAAGAGCUGCCGCCCUGUCCCUUUUCUGUUUCCCGCAAUGCAGAUCGCUUUCUUUCGCAUUCGGUCAUGUCGCUCAAGAUCCAGUUGGAUAGGCCUGCUAAAACCCCUUACCCACGAGGUGCGUGGAUAUCGGGUCGCGUUGAGGUCUCUGAUCACUCAGCCCACUACCCGGUGGCCAUCCAUUUUUCAGGACGCAGCAAGGUCCAUAUCAGCGAACGCGAGCGGGAACACAAUGUCGGAGAACCUGGCUCCCACACAGACUAUCGAUGGUUUGAUUCAAAGGCGCUGAUGUUCCGGCACUCCUUCAACCUCCAGCAAAGCCCAGACGGCUCUUACCCGUUUCAAAUUCAGAUACCUGAAUGGACAGACCAGGUGCCUGAGUCCCUGCUCAAGGAGCAUGACGCCGACGUCUUCCCCGAAGAAGCACCAUGGCAGCCGACCUUUGGGCCGAACCGGUGUCCUAUCCCGGACACUUUCUAUCAUACUGAAUCACCAGAUAUCCAGAUCGACCUCGAGACCAGCAUCAGCUACAAGCUGCAGGCAGAGAUACGCAAGGAUGAUGGCAAGUUCCACUUCCGCUCCAAAAAGGAGGAAGACGUAGAGAUCCUCGUGAAAAAUGUGAGGCCGUAUCAGAAUGGUCUUAACCCCGCUGGCUUCGACAACCGUACAUACGAAGCCAGCGUGCAGACUCUACGCCUGUUGCCUGAACACGCAGACGGACACCUCAGUCUUCGUGAGAAGACACACAGCCUAUUUCACAAGUCGGGUCUCCCAAUAGCGUCGUUUCGUCUCGCUUUCUCAGUGCCAGACACGCUCUACCUUGGCCGCUCUCCUGCCGACGUCCUGCCAUUGAGCUUGAACCUAAGCCGCAUUCCUGCGAUUGUCGAUCCGGAGCAUCUCAGCAAGUCAACAUAUAGAGACGACCAGAUUCUCACGCCACGAGUCUACCUCAAGCGCUUUGCUGUACGACUCACAUCGGCCACUCGAGGUCGCACAGCCAAGCCUAUCAGUUGGUACCGCGACGUUCAUGAUACGACUGCCACAUACACCAUUGAUGUCUACGACGAGAAGAUGAAGCAUGUACCAGGCAAAGAGAGGCUCGAGCUUCCAGCGAACGGGUCGUGGUGUGACCUUGGUCGUGAAUUGGGCAUCACAAUGGCGCAGAUCCUGCAACACAAGCACAUCGGAGACUUGGAUUUGGUGCCCAACUUCAGUUGCCAGAACAUUGUGAGAAUGUACAUGGUUGACUGGCGCGUCGACUUGGACAUAUGUGGCGAAGAACUCAAGUGGCAUGUCAAGAGUGAUGAGGGUACCGGCAUGCCUAUCAGGAUUGUGGCUGGCGAUGGCACAUUCAUGCCACAGCAGUCACAGCAGUGGAUGGGACAGCAACCAAUGCACCAACCGCAGCAGUUGCAGCAACCAUGGUCGAGUCCACCUAUGCAACAGCCGAUGCACGGCACGCAGAAUACGUAUGGGCAGUCGUAUGGACCGCCUGUGCGCCGCGACUGAGUUGCUCAUUCUUGCACCGUCAGCACUUAUAGACUUUUACCUCAUAUCUAUUUGACU